CUUUCACAUACUCCCACUUUACAAGAUUAUAUUAAAACACUAAUUACUCCCAAUUAUUCAAUUCAAGUACACUACACUACAGACUACACCCCAUUUUUCUCCUUCCAUUCCAUUUAUAUAUCUCCUCUUCAUUUUCUCUCUCCUCCAAGUAAAACUUUCUCUUCAACUCAAAUGCCCCUCUUAUGGGCAAAGCUUCAAGAUGGUUCCGGGCCCUAUUGGGCUUAAAACAACCCGACCCGAAUCCAACCCGGAAAAAACAACCCAAAGACAAGCGCAGGUGGAGCUUCGUCAAAUCAUACCGUGAUAAAUCCUCCACUAAACCCCCUCCUCCCUUGUCCGAAACUACGACUGCAAUCAGCGGAGAAGAUGACGCGAAUAAACACGCAAUUGCCGUAGCAGCAGCCACUGCAGCCGUAGCGGAAGCCGCUGUUGCAGCCGCACAAGCUGCUGCUGCGGUUGUCCGGCUGACUAACAGCGGAAGGUGUAAUAGUAAUAGUAAUAAUUAUAAUUUUAAUGACAAAGGUGGUGCACUAUCAGCGCAGGAAAGCAGAGAGCAAUCGAGUUCUGCUGCUGUCGUCAUCCAGUCCCACUUUCGCGGUUAUUUGGCCAGGAGAGCAUUGCGAGCAUUGAAAGGGCUGGUAAAACUACAGGCUCUUGUCAGGGGACACAUUAUGAGACGAAAAACCACCGAAACGAUGCGUUGCAUGCAAGCUAUGCUACGGGCUCAAGCACGGGCCAGAUCGGUCCGUGCUUAUAUCCCUGAAUCUCCUUUCUCAUCUACCAAAUCUUGCCCAAUUCUUCUUCACCCAGGACCCCCAACACCUGAUAAACCUGAGCUAGUUGUUCGAGCGAAAAGCAUAAAGCAGGAUCAUUCACCAAACAUUAAGAGGAAUAGUUCAAAGUCAGGCAGCCGAAUGAACUCCAUGAACCAGGAUAAAAUAAACUUGGGCUCGUCCUGGUCAGACCCUCGAAUGGUUGACCCAAUGUGGGACUCACGAGCUACAGCCUCCUCAAGAACAUGCCUAACAGACGAUGAUCGAGCAGAUAAAAUCCUCGAAAUAGACACAGGGAAACCCCAUUACACCUUUAGAAGGAGAAGCCUCUUUGAGUCCUCUCACUCAGGCUUAUUAACUUCAGAGCAACUAAGCCACAGCCAGACUACCUCAAAGGACUCGACAACUCACCACACAGUCCAAAGCCCCGUGUCAUGUGAAGUAGUUCAAUCCCUAAAACCUCUUUUACUUCCACAAGACUUCAUCGAAGAAAAGAACUCAUAUUGCACAGCAGAAAACAGCCCACAAUACUGCUCAGCUGCCUCUCAGGGAGGCAACAGUUCAAGGACAUUCACUCCUACUAAGAGCGACGGUUGUUUUAGUGGGUACUCGGACUGUCCUAGCUACAUGGCUUACACUGAAUCAGCUAAGGCAAAAAUGAGAUCCCUUAGCGCGCCAAAGCAAAGGCCUCAGUACGAAAGAACAAGUUCGACUAAAAGGUACUCAAUUCACGGCCUUGGCGAGCACCACCCAAGAUCAAAUGCACAAAGGGCUUCUGCUAUGCAUGCAAGUUUCACAAGCAAGGCUUACCCCGGGUCAGGUCGAUUGGAUAGGCUCGGCAUGCCAGUGAGGGACAGUACAGUAGUUUACUACAGCGGGUAUCUCAACUAGGACAGAGUUUGUUUUGUUUAAAUUUCUUAUUCUAAUUAGUCUAACUUCUUCUUAGGAUUAGUGUUUGUUUUCACUUUUUAUUAAUCAAGUGUUAUACCACUCAUAUGGCUAACCCAAAAGAAGGAAGCUAAUGCUUCAUAUUCAGUAUUGUUGAACAUAGAUUGUCAUUAUUAUUAUUACUUAUUAACUAAUGUUAUCUUAUUUAAUGUAAUAUAAAAAGAAGUACAAUACACAAAUGACCAAGAUAUGAGUGUGGUCCCUAGAAAUGUAUAUGAAUGAAGGAACAUUAUAAAUCCCAAGAUGAAGUUGGUUGA